AGCAGGGACGUGACUGGAAGAGUUUCCGCAUCAAACACGUCCAAACUGCCAUCCUGCCAUGGCAACAGCGCAAAUUUUUGUCCUGUUUGUAGUCUUCUCUACGACUUUAGCUGAAGACUUUAAAUUAAAGUAUAAACAAGCCUCCAAACCCGUCCGAUUAUUCACUGAGGAGGAGCUGAAGAGGUACGACGGCAGCGAGGAGGAACUGCCCAUUUACAUGGCAGUAAAAGGAGUAGUGUUUGAUGUCACCAAAGGAAAAGAGUUUUAUGGCAAAGAUGCACCGUACAACGCCCUGGUUGGUAAGGACUCCACCCGAGCUGUGGCCAAGAUGUCCCUCGACCCGGCAGACCUGACAUCAGAUACUACGGGCCUCAGUGAGGAGCAGCUGAAGUCUCUGGACGGUGUAUUUGAAGGCACGUAUAAAACAAAGUAUCCCAUCGUGGGCUACACAGCAUCACGCAUCCUCAACGAGGACGGGAGUCCCAAUCAAGACUUCAAACCGGAGGGUCAGCCUCAUUUUCAAAUCAAAGAUGAGUUUUAAUUUUACCUCUUUUUUUUUUGGUAAACGACAAUUAUGUGAAAUAGUCUUGUCACUGUACAGAAGAAUUUGCCUGCGUCCAGAUCUUUGAAUCCCUCCUCUCCACCGAGUUGAGUUGACUGUUGGAAAUAAUGACUUGACUUGAAUCAGGAUCAAAUAUGCCAAAUGCAACAUGUGAACAAGAGAAGAAGAAACACGCUGUAUAUUCCUUUUUACUUGAA